UGUAUGUACAGAAACUAUGACCAAAUAGAAAGAACCAUUACCAAAGAAAUGAAGAUCGUAUAGUGUAUAUACAUAUAUAUAUACAUGUGGAAAUUUAUUACCUACUGAGAUACGAAUUUGUUUGUUUAAAUGUUGGAACAACAACCAAGUACAAGAAACUCUCAGGUUCAUCGUUCUGUUCAAGCGGAGCUUUUACUAGGGGGUAGUUUCCAAUUCCAUUUGUUUAGAUUAGAGCCCUCAAAACAAUAACAAUUAUGGGUAUAUAUAAGAAGAUUAGAGAAGCCUUGGUUUUGGUUUUGGUACUGUCUGUGUAUGCAACUGUAAAUGGUGGCAACGCACAAGAAUCAUCUACUACUCUUGUUCCCGCUGUCAUAUCAUUUGGUGACUCUGGUGUAGAUGUGGGGAACAAUAACUAUCUUCCAACUCCUUUCAAGGCUAAUUUCCUUCCUUACGGAAAAGACUUUAUAAAUCACCAACCUACUGGGAGAUUUUCCAAUGGGAAACUAGCAGUUGAUUUCACUGCUGAAAUUCUGGGGUUCAAGGCUUAUGCACCAGCUUAUCUUAGUCCACAGGCCUCAGGGAAAAACCUACUCAUUGGAGCCAACUUUGCUUCAGCUGGAUCUGGUUUUGACGAGAAUGCUGUAGUCUCAAAUCAUGCCAUUCCAUUGUCCCAGCAGUUGAAGUAUUUCAAAAAAUACAAAACUAAGCUGGCCAAGAUAGCAGGCACUAAGAAAGCAGCAUCCAUUGUCAAUGACUCAUUGUAUAUAUUAAGCGCCGGUACUGCUGACUUUAUUCAGAGUUACUAUUUCAAUGCUUCACUUAGAAAAGCUUACACUCCUCAGCAAUAUUCCAACUACCUUGUUGGUGUAUUCUCUAGCUUUGUUAAGGAGUUGUAUGGAUUGGGAGGCAGGAGAAUUGGGGUGACUUCACUCCCUCCACUGGGUUGCCUUCCAGCGGCAAAAACCUUAUUUGGUUUUCAUGAGAAAGGGUGUUACUCUAGGUUCAACAAUGAUGCCCAAGUAUUCAAUGAGAAGCUCAACUCCUCUGCAGUCAAUCUCAAAAAGCAACUUCCUGGUCUCAAAAUUGUUGUGUUUGACAUUUUCAAUCCUAUUUAUGAUGCUGUCAAAUCUCCCUCAAAAUAUGGAUUUGUGGAAGCAAGAAGAGGUUGCUGCACAAGCAAGAAAAGUAUAGAGAAAACAUCCGUUUUAUGCAAUCCAAAGUUAGGAGGAACAUGCUCAAAUUCUAGUCAAUACGUAUUUUGGGACAGUGUUCAUCCAUCUGAAGCUGCUAAUCAGGUUGUUUCCGAAGCAAUGCUUCUACAAGGCAUUGCUCUCAUUUGAUUAUGAAGUAUUUUAUGGUGUGUGUCAAGAUCCUUAAUGUUAUGCAAUUUGCUUGUAAACCUUAAAAAAGAUGGUUGGUUUUAUUCCCAGAAUCAUGUCCAUAUGCAAGUAAUAUGUUUGAUUGCGAUAUAUUUAACUAUUGCCACUUGAACUGGUCCAACUCUACUGUGCUUUCCUAGGAUUUAAUUCUUCUUGAUAUAAUUGAUGUUAUUUAUUGCUCUUCCCUUUCA